GAGAAUAAAAGUAUUUUCUCUUUAAAAAGACUUAUGUCCUCUUAUAUAUUUUGAACUCUCUCUAUAUAUAUUUGCUUCUUUCUUCUUCUUCUUCAAAAUUCUUCUUAUAUUUCACUUUCAAUUCCACCAUAUUAUAUAAACAAAAAAUGACAUCAAGCUACAUUAUUGAUUCUACUAAUUAUGAACAACUUUGCUAUAUUCCUUGCAAUUUUUGCAAUAUUGUUCUUGCGGUGAGUGUGCCAUGCAGCAAUUUGUUUGAUAUAGUGACAGUAAGAUGUGGACACUGCACAAAUUUGUGGUCUGUUAAUAUGGCUGCUGCUGCUGUAUUUCAAUCCAAUUCUUGCCAAAAUCAUCAUAACCAUAUUCAUCAGGUAGCAAACUACACUAAUUCUCCUCAUGAUCAAUACAAGAUGAAUUUUGGUUCAUCAUCCAUCACAAACAAUUCUACUCGUGAGGAGAGGAUUGUAAAUCGACCUCCUGAAAAAAGGCAAAGAGGGCCUUCUGCAUAUAACCAGUUCAUAAAAGAGGAGAUUCAGAGGAUUAAGGCUAAUAAUCCAGAUAUUACUCAUAGGGAAGCAUUUAGUACUGCUGCAAAAAAUUGGGCACAUUUCCCCCACAUUCACUUUGGGCUCAUGUUGGAGACUGAUAAUCAAGCUAAACUUCCUGCUAAUGAGAACAAAGAAAAGCAUAUAAUGCAUAGAGCUCCAUUGCCAAAAAUAAAAACCUUCACCUUUUGAGAAUAUUAAUUAAUUAAUUCUCUACAUGUUGUAUGUUGAAUUAUUGAAGACUAAGUGUGAUUUUAUUUGUUCUAUUUGCUAGUACUUAUAAAUUGUGUAAUAUAAUUUGGAAAUUAUUUGAAUUUCUUCUAAUGUCUAUUUCAAUUUAUUUUUA